CAGUCAAAGAGGAGGAGGAGGAGGAGAGAGCAGUCAAAGAGGAGGAGGAGUCCACAGAGUCCCCAGGUUCUUACUGUGGUGUUCCAGCCCAGAGAACCUCACAGCAGGGUCCAGAGAUGGUCUCAGUGAAGCUGGAGGACUGCAGUCAACCACUGGAACUCAAUGUGAUUGUCAAAGAGGAAUGGGAGGAGAGAGGAAUCAAGGAGGCGAUAGAAGUAAAAGAGGUAGAUCAGAGAGCAGUCAAAGAGGAGGUGGAGGAGAGAGCAGUCAAAGAGGAAGUAGAUAUGGCAGUCAAAGAAGAGCAUGGGGAGAGAACAGUCAAAGAAGAAGAAGAGGAGAACAGUGAAGUGUCUGCUCCAGAUCGAAGGGAAGAGGAGGAGAACAAUGAAGUGUCUGCUCCAGAUCUAAGGGAAGAGGAGGAGAACAAUGAAGUGUCUGCUCCAGAUCGAAGGGAAGAGGAGGAGAACAAUGAAGUGUCUGCUCCAGAUCGAAGGGAAGAGGAGGAGAACAAUGAAGUGUCUGCUCCAGAUCUAAGGGAAGAGGAGGAGAACAAUGAAGUGUCUGCUCCAGAUCGAAGGGAAGAGGAGGAGAACAAUGAAGUGUCUGCUCCAGAUCGAAGGGAAGAGGAGGAGAACAAUGAAGUGUCUGCUCCAGAUCUAAGGGAAGAGGAGGAGAACAAUGAAGUGUCUGCUCCAGAUCUAAGGGAAGAGGAGGAGAACAAUGAAGUGUCUGCUCCAGAUCGAAGGGAAGAGGAGGCAGCAGUAGAUAGUAUCAGUGACCCAGGAGAGAGCUACAACCCAGGUUCAGACAGUGAGCCCAGUUCCACAGCAUCAGGAAACCAUAAACACAGACAGAGGAACUCAAGACAGAAACAUCACCACUGCAUGGACUGCUUCACUAGUUUCUAUGAUCCAGAGGAGUUGAGAAGGCACACUUGUAGGCCAAGACCCUACACAGAUUGCAGUGGCAGCUUUAUUUGUCCAACUCACCUCCUACCACACCAACAGACUCUCAAAAUAAAGAAGAUGUACCCGUGUGGUCAAUGUGGGAAGAGAUUUCAGACACCAAGCAGCUUGAAGAUGCACCAGCUUACUCACACAGGAAAGAAGUCGUACCACUGCUCCCAGUGUAGUAAGAGGUUCUGUCGUGUAGACGCCUUAAAGUAUCACCAGAGAAUACACACAAGGGAGAAGCCUUUCCACUGCUCCCAGUGUGGGAAGACAUUUGGUUCGUCAUUCAAUUUGAAGCGACACCAGAAAAUACACACAUGGGCGAAGCCUUUUCACUGCUCCCAUUGUGGGAAGAGCUUCGGUGAUGAAGAAAGUCUAAAUAAACACCAAAGAAUACACACAAGAGAUAAGACUUUCCACUGCUCUGAGUGUGGAAAGAGCUUCAGCAAGGGAGGAAAUCUAAAGGAACAUCAGAAAAUACACAAAGGGGAGAAGCCAUACAGCUGUGAUCAGUGUGGGAAGAGUUUCAGUCAAACAGGAGUCCUAAAGAGACACCAGCUAACUCACACAGGAGAAAAGCCUUUCAACUGCUCCCAGUGUGGGAAGGAUUUCAGUCAGUCAUCACUUCUGAAGGGGCACCAGCUAACGCACACAGGAAAGAAGCCUCACCACUGCUCUGACUGUGGAAAUAGUUUUAAAUUGGAAGGAAGCCUUCAGAGUCAUCAGAGAAUACACAGUGGAGAGAAGCCACACCACUGCUCCCAAUGUGGGAAGAGCUUCAGUUGGGUAAGAGACCUAAAGAAACAUCAGAGAGUACACAGAGAGGAGAAGCCUUUCCACUGCUCCCAAUGUGGGAAGAGCUUCAAUGAGAAAGGAAAUCUAAAGCAACACCAGAGAAGACACUCAGGAGAGAAACCGUACAGCUGUGAUCAGUGUGGGAAUUGUUUUAAAUGGAAACAAAGCCUGAAGGAACAUCAGAAGGCAAAGCACAGUGCAGUGCCAGACCAUGGCCUUAUAAUUGUGUUGCCAAGCUGGGCAUCUACAUAUCUAAUUAAUAUUGACACUAACCAGAUUUCCAUCGAACCUUUUUAGGCGAGUAAGUCAAAAAGUUCAAUUUUUAUUUGUUACAUCAAAAGUUAAAUGGAAAAGGAGCUUUUAUGUGCUCUCUGUCAUCAUGCACUGUUUUCUAUCUGUCUGUUUGGUGGAAACAUCACUGGUGGGAAACAGUUUAUUGAUGUGGAUUUUAGAAUAUUCACAUGAAAAUCUGUCUUCAAUUGGAUGAAAACCAGGCUCGUGUUGCACAUUUGUUAGGCUAAAUAGAUAUGUUGAAUUAUGCAAAAGAGAGAGACUUCUGACAACUAAGUCACAACAGGUGGAGUCCGAGUCCAUGUCAGAGUCGAGUCAUGAAAAUCGUGAGUCCUGGUCUCGAGUACUACAACACUGACAGCUACUCUCCUUUUGGGAACGUUUUAUUUGUGCAAAUUGAUUAUAUUACCUUACUUUUCUUGCUUGUUAGUGCUAAGUUUGGGCAGCGUUCAGGAUGCCUGGUUGUAUUGCCACCACCCAACUGACCUGAUUGAAGAGAGGUCAGUGAAGUUGAUGAAUACGGUGGGUGUAGUAGCUCCGUUCAACCACAAGAUGAAACUAUCGACCCUUAAUAAAAACAGAGUAAAAAGUUGCUUUCUUCCAUCCAGUGGAACCGUGAUGAACUGCUAAAACGGUCAAACCACGUCACAUGUUAGAGCAACACAUCACCAUUACUUCCUAAACAAAAUGGUAUGAAGAGGUAAGAAAAUCCUUCUUUAUGAAUCCUAUUGAUGUGAAUUUGCUACAAUGUGUGUAUGUAGUCCCGCACUAAGAGCCAUGUACAGUCUACAGAGUUGUUCUGUGGGGGGUCACGGAGUCGGCUGAUACCCCAUUUCAUGGGUGCGCACUCCAUAGGGAAGGCUGUACAGUGCCAUACAAACGUUCAAUACACAUUGUAGGCUGAAUAGUGAGGUGAAUUCCCACAGUCAAAGUCCCGCAAUAAGAGCUAUGACGCUAAUAUUUGUGUACACUCUUUAGAAUUGUAAUGUGGGUGUGACUGAGUUGGCUGAUAACCCGUUUCAUUGAUCCACACUCCAUAGUUAAGGCUGUACAGUGCUGUAUGUCCCCUUUGAAGUUUAAUACAUCCACAGAUUUUUUUUUAUAUAAAUGUUUAAUUAAACUAACUAAUAGUGGUUCCAAGCAUAGAGAUCCUAUUAAAUGAAUUGAGGGGCUAAGUCGUAAACCCUACAAAAUUCCGGAAUGGCCCGAAAAUGGCAACCUUUCUGGUCAGGGAGAAACCAACCCAGUCUGAUUAGUGCUCCCGAGUGGUGCAGCGGUCUGAGACAAUGCAUCUCAAUGCUAGAGGCGUCACUACAGACCUUGAUUUGAUUCCAGGCUGUGUCACAACCGG